AUGAAUUGCACUCAUCAUAUUCAAAAUUAAGUAUCAAUAAUAUGUCUUGCUCCUCACAAGUGUCCAUGUUAAAGGAGGCUGUGUGUUGAAUGUUAAUAUGAACAUGAGGUGGAAAAACAACACACAGUUCCAAUAAAAAUUUUUCAGGAAAUGAUGAUGAAGAAAUUUUAUAAAUCUUAUCCUUAACAAACAUCUGAACUAAUAAUUUAAAGAAAGAAUUUUAAAGAAAUGCUUUCUUCAACUUAAAAUAAGUUAAGGUAAAUUUGGGUUGGAUUAGAAGAUUCAAUAAAUUAGAUGUAUGAAAUGAUUGAGAUGGAAGAUAAGUUCUAUGUGAAUUUCAUAACAAAUAAUGUGAAUCCUACAGAAUUGUCAAAUACUGAAUUAGAAAAAUUAGUUUCAAUUAUCUUAGGAAAAACAUAAGAGGAUAGGAAUGAUUAAAAAAAAUCUUAUUUGAUGCAGUUGGAAAUGAUAAAGAAAUAUUGGAAAGAAACUCAGACAUUUUGUGACAACUUUAAUACAGAAUUGAAAGGGAUUAUGUAAUUCAUAAAAAAGAAGGUAAAUAAUCCAUGGGAAAACUUAAAAGAAAUAAAAUCAGUUUAUAACAGAAAGGAAGAUUUGUAUUAGGUAUUGACUUAGAGUAAAAAUAUUGAUGGGGCCUACCUGAAUGAGGUAAUUGAAAUGUUGAGAAAUGAGGAAAUAACAAAUUGUUUGAAGUUUUUUUCAGAUAAAACUCAGUUGAAAUUUAUCGCUUCUAUGAUUUAAAACAUUAGUGAGAUAGACUUUAGUAAGAAGAAUUAUUCAACUGAGAACAAUGAUUAAAUUAGAAAAGAAUUGAUUAAAAAAAUAUCUUAUGGUUAGCACAUCAUUGAAUUUUUGAAAUUUCUUGUAUCAUUG